CGGCCCUUCGAUUGGCCUUGAUCGAGGGCAACUUCCUUCUACAACGUGGCUAUCGGACUACUGUGGAUGCUGUUGCCGCCAAGAAGUUCGCCUUGCUGCAGUCGAGUCCACUGCAAAAAUCCUUGUCGAAGUGUCUCGACGAGUAUAUGAGCACACGGCCUGCCGCUGUGGACAAGCUGCCCGUCUCUCUUCGUUCCAAUUCUUCAUUGAACCAAGCCUCUUAUACCAAGCCUUGGGUUUGCUUGGGUAUCUUGGCCUCUUCGUCCAUUCCAGAGAAUUGUGACAGUACUCCCCACUCGGGUAGAAGAUCCACUGCUCGCGAUGGCCACCAAAACCUCGGGCGGCAACGCCGCCUUCCACAACUUCCACAACGAUUUCGCUCACAUCCAAGACCCCAACGAGCGACGACGGCUCGCCCUUGCCGAGAUCGACAAGGCGCCUUUCGGCUGGUACCAUAUUCGUGCCAUUGUGGUCGCCGGUAUUGGUUUCUUCACCGAUGCCUACGACAUCUUCGCCAUCAACCUAGUCAGCGCCAUGUUGGGUGUUGUUUACUGGCAAAAUGCGCCCAACCCGAAGAACGCCGGCAAGAUUCCCUCCAACUCGGAUACCGCCAUCAAGGUGGCCACGUCGGGCGGCACCGUGAUCGGUCAGGUCGGUUUCGGCUGGCUCGCCGAUAUCGUGGGCAGAAAGAGAAUGUAUGGUCUUGAGUUGAUCGUCAUCAUCUUUGCGACGUUGGCGCAGGCUCUGUCUUCCGAUUCUCCUGGCAUCUCCGUCGUGGGUGUCCUCAUCUUCUGGCGUGUGAUCAUGGGUAUCGGUAUCGGUGGUGAUUACCCUCUAUCUUCCAUCAUCACGUCUGAAUUCGCUACCACCAAGUGGCGUGGUGCCAUGAUGGGUGCCGUCUUCGCCAUGCAGGGUAUCGGUCAAUUCGCCGCCGCCAUCAUCGCCUUGAUCGUCACCUCUGGUUUCAAGGAGUCCCUCAAGACUGCAAAGACGGUCGGCGAGUGUGACGGCGUCUGCCAGCUUGCCGUUGACAAGAUGUGGCGUGUCAUCAUCGGAUUUGGUGCUGUCCCUGGUUGCGUUGCCUUGUAUUUCCGUCUCACCAUCCCGGAGACUCCUCGUUACACCUUCGACGUCGCUCGUGACUCGGAGAAGGCCGUCGAAGACGUCAAGGCAUACAAGAGUGGCAAGGCUGAAGGUCACCCUGACGAAGUCAGCCGUGCCGCUGUCCUCCAGGAUUCCCGCGCUCGUCUCGCGGCCCCCAAGGCCUCGUGGUCCGAUUUCUGGAGACACUACUCCCAGUGGAAGCACGGAAAGGUCCUGCUUGGAACCGCCGGAUCAUGGUUCUUCCUCGACGUCGCCUUUUACGGUCUCGGUCUCAACAACUCCAUCAUCCUGUCGGCCAUUGGCUACGCCAAGGGCAACGACGUGUACGAGAUCUUUUACAACACCGCCGUUGGUAACCUGAUCAUCGUCUGCGCCGGUGCCAUCCCCGGGUACUGGGUCACCGUGGCGACCGUCGACACCCUCGGCCGCAAGCCCAUCCAGUUCAUGGGUUUCCUCGUCCUCACCAUCGUCUUCGUCAUCAUCGGUUUUGCCUACCACAAGCUGGGCGAGGGUGGCCUGCUGGCUCUCUACGUCAUCGCCCAGUUCUUCUUCAACUUCGGGCCCAACGCGACGACCUUCAUCGUGCCCGGCGAGUGCUUCCCGACCCGGUACAGGUCCACCUCGCAUGGCCUCUCGGCCGCGUCCGGCAAGGUCGGCGCCAUCAUCGCCCAGUGCGUGUUCGGCCCCCUCAAGACCAAGGGCCACCCGACCAAGGACAACCCGACCCCCUGGGUCAACCACAUCAUGGAGAUCUUCGCCCUCUUCAUGCUCUGCGGCGUCUUCACCACCCUCCUGAUCCCCGAGACCAAGCGCAAGACCCUCGAGGAGCUCGCCGGCGAGGUCCCGGGCACGCCCAACUACGACCCCGAAUCCGCCGGCCACCGAAAGGACUCGUACGUCCCCCCGUCGGCCAACGCUCUCACCGAGGACGACACCACCACUCACACUCCCGAGAAGACUGUCUAAAACUACUUUUUUAUCUGAUUGGAAAUAGAGAUUUCUGAAUUGCCUUGCCAAUGUCAAGUUGAGAGAGAUAUAUCUAUACUUGCAAUGGUCAUUUCGAUGCCUGUAUCCUGAGCUGGCCCCUUUGCCCCGUCCAGAGUUUGAUUAGUGCCUCAAGGGUAUUUGAGUUCGGAUCAGAAUAUGUACAAGGGGAUAGUUCUUGCAUUGUAAGAGUGUGAUACUAUUCCAGGUGUUAAAGAGGCGAUGAAUUUUUUAAUACUACAACAUCAUUACGGAUGUAAUCAAAAACUUGAACAAUAAA